GGCGAGGCGGGGGCCCGGGGCCGGGCUGGGGCUGCUGCCCCGGGGAGGGUCUCCGGGGAGGUGGGAGAGCGGCGCUCCCCGCCCUCGGUAGGGCAGGGCAGGGCAGGAGGGGCUUUCCUCUCCUUCCCUGCCGGGGUAUCCAAGCCCCGGCUAGGCUGGGGCAGGAGCUGCUGGAGGGAAGCCGGUUCCGCGUGGGGGGACCGGAGGAUCACACAGAGGUGUUACAUGUUUGUGGGCUUAGCUCUGGAUUAAACACCUUUAAAAGGCUUUUUAGCCUAAGCAUGGGCUGUUGUGACUGAGUUUAUCAUCGCGCUGCCUCCCCGCCGCGGCAGAUGCGUCACUGAAAGGACUGGCUUGCGUUUGUUCGCUUCCCUCGCGCCUUCUGUGAUGAAAUAAUGGAGCGCGCCUAGACUAUAGGCGUCUGUAGAAAUACGGCAGAAAUUUUGCUGAUUAAGUUUUUGUUUGUUUUGAGGAUAUGCUCUUCUUGAAGAGACGUCCUUUCGAAGGAGCCUCUUCUUCAUAACCUCCUGCGCUGUUCUUGGAGGAAAAGGGGGUGUGCCGUGACACCGGACAAAAUUCUGACAGUUCUUUACUUCAUUUGCACGCUUCCGUAUUUUAUGUUUGUGUUUGCAUCAUGACGUGAAUAUAUCAUGAUAGCAUCAUAUAUAACAUGUACAUGUGAUCCUUGAUGUGUGUCAUAGAAUGUGUUUUAUCGUAAGGUAAGAUACAUAAGUGAAGUACUGCUCUUGUUUGUUUGUUUUAGGGUGUGUGUUGUUGUGGUUUUCUCAUUUCCUUUUUGGUAAAUUGACACCAAUGCCUGUCUCUGGGCACUGAUGUACACGAGCGGUGUGUGUUUGCUGCCUGGGCUUCCCUGCGAGCUACUGGGCCGUGCAGGAUUUAAUCCCCACGUUCCAUCAUCCAGCAUCUGCAUGUUUAUGACAAGGCAGAUGUCAGAACCAGUUUAACAUCAGAGAAAAUGUUUGACUCCUUUUCCAGCCUAUGUGAAGCUCUUUUUGUUAAUGUCUGAAAAUAAAACCACCUGUGAUUGUUAAAACCAGUGUGAAUCCUCAGGAGGAGGCAGUGGGAUGAAUGUUGGCACAGGCCAGCUCUGGGCAUUUUGGCCACAGUACUGGUUUUGUUCUCUUCUUUAGGUGGUGCGGUGUUAUAAAUGCUGUUGUUUUCACCGGUGUUUUCUCAGAGAGCUGAGAGCAGGAAGGAGAAAUGCUAAUAUGAAUACAUAUUACUUUGUUUCAUUAAUUUGAAUGUGAUUGUUAAGUGUCAUCUGUUCUUAAGUUACCUUUAUUUCUGAAGUGUUCUGAGUGAGGUUAAUGUGCAACAAAGCCUUUGCUUUCCCUCUUGUCUCUUUUAGUGAAAAUAAAGUUAGAGCUGCAUCGUCUUUUUCUUUUUGGGUAGCUUUCUAGAAUGCAGAGGGAGAACCAGGAGACUCUGAAGUAUCUUCUUGAACUUUGACAUCAGUGUGAUGGUGUAUACAGCUCUUAGUUUAGAUGAAGGUUUUCUGAAAUUAAGAGAAUUCUGGUGACAUGUAAGUCCAUCAGCUUGGACAGAUCACUAAAGUUGUAGUAAGUGCAUACUGUAAUUAUUUCUCAUUUUUAAUUUUGCUUCUAGAGCCUCGCUUAUUUUACCUAAGUUAAGUGAUGGAACCAUACACUAAAGAAAAAAAAUCAUCCUUGGGUCUUUGGUGUUCGUGUUUGUGUAAAAGAAUCUAGGAUGUUCCAAGAAAAGGCGUCAGCAAAUUGCUUAAAUAUAGUAACAACAUCUACUGAAGAUGGUGCUUUCCAAAAAAAAGGCCAUAGUGCUCGAGUCCUUAGCCCAGAAGAAGUGGAAAAACUGGCAAAAGAUUGGGUUUUGGUGUCUGAGUUCAAACAACUAAAACUGGAGAAAGAGGCACAGAAGAACUGGGAUCUAUUUUACAAAAGAAACAGCACCAAUUUCUUCAAAGACAGACAUUGGACAACCAGAGAGUUUCAAGAGUUAAAGGCAUGUCGUGAGUUUGCAGAUCAAAAACUGACCAUUCUGGAAGCAGGCUGUGGGGUUGGGAACUGCUUGUUUCCACUCUUAGAAGAAGAUAAGAAUAUUUUUGCAUAUGCCUGUGAUUUCUCUCCUAGAGCUGUUGAGUAUGUGAAGAAAAAUGCCUUAUAUAGUACGGAAAGAUGUAAAGUGUUCCAGUGUGAUCUUACCAAAGAUGAUCUUCUAGACAAUAUACCAGCAGAUUCCGUGGAUGUUGUCACACUUAUAUUUGUGCUUUCUGCCAUUCAUCCUGACAAAAUGCAUCUUGUCCUGAGGAACAUUUACAAGGUAUUAAAACCAGGCAAGUGUGUCCUGUUCCGAGACUAUGGCCUGUAUGAUCAUGCAAUGCUCAGGUUUAAAUCAGGCAGCAAACUUGGGGAAAACUUUUAUGUCAGACAAGAUGGGACAAGAUCGUAUUUUUUUACUGCGGAGUUCUUAUCUCAGCUUUUCAGGGCUGAGGGAUAUGAGCAAGUGGUCAAUGAAUAUGUGCAGCGAGAAACUGUGAAUAGGAAAGAAGACUUGCGUGUUCCAAGAGUUUUUCUUCAAAGCAAAUUUCAAAAACCUUUCAGUGAGACAUAAGUUCCUGCUGAUCAGCAACAGCAUUGCUUGCUUGAAAUGGAAGCUAGCACAUAAGCUGUGUGUUCAUCUUUCUGGUGAACCAAAAAUGUUGGCAUCCAGUAUCUCUUGUUGGUUUCCAUCCUAGAAUACAAAAUAUGAAUCCUAUUUCUAAUUCAAUUUUAAGGUGGUUUAGUGAUGCAGGCAACCUGUUGAGCAUCUGCAUUCCUGCUUCUAAAAUAAAACCUAUGCAACAUUGUUGGAGGAUCAGGUAAAGUAUAUAAAUAAACUUCCAUUUUUAUUAAAAACUCUUUUAAAAUAAUAGAGUUUCCUGUCACUUGUGAUUUUUGAGGCUUGCUAAAGUCAUAGUAUUUCAUUUACUUUCAGUACUUGUAGGACUUCUGAGUGUACUUUCUCAGAUACAGGAAUGAAACAGACUCAGUGAGCAGUAUAGUGUAAGCUGCUUUAAUAUUUUAAUAACAGUAUCUUUUUAAUAUGCUCAGCAUUUAGAUGUGUAAACAAAUGUUUAUAUUCUAAGUAAAUUCCUAAUUAAUUUGAUUUCAUGCUUGAAGAAGCAUGUCAGCAGAUCAGGUUGUAUUUAUCCCUAAUUAAUUUAAGAUGUUCUUCGUUUAAUGUGCAGACAUAUUUGAAGUUUUGCAAGUCAGUUUGCUGUUUGAAACUGAAAUCAGCAAGUCGGGAGUACUUUCUUUGAUAUGAAGUGUAGUCAGCUGCUUCUUUCCUGGGCAGAGGUCUUAAUUCUUUUCCAUCACUCCCAGGAAAGUUGUGUUGGGCUUUGCUCUUCCUGCCACUAAAAGCCACUGUACUGUUGCUUCUGCAGACAUAACUGCUUGAAGGAACUUCAUCCUUUCCUUAAAGCUCUUUGCCCUGUGGCACUUUGCACUGCAGGACCUUUUCUGCGUUCUUGGAUGAUGUAGUUUCAAAAUUAUGCCUGGCUCUUUAACCUGCAUUUUGAGCAGCUGCUCUCAAGCGGCAGAGGAAGCCCAGAAGUAUCCGGUGACUUGUGCAAUGGCCUGUGCUGAGCCUGUGUAAUGUACACAGUUUGCAACAGGGGAAAUUCCAGUGAAAUACUAAGGGGAGAUCAAAUGCUGGGGCAGGGUCCAGUGAAGUUUUGGAGCCUUCAUUCUUGGGAAUACUUGGAAUAGGACUGGCCAAGGCCUUGAGCAUUCUGUGACUUUGAGGGUGGCCCUGUUCUGAGUAGGGAUUUAAUCUCUGGCUGUAUAUACAAGUAUGUGAUUGCUUGACUCAAGCUGUCAUUCCACUGGACUUGUGUUUUGUUAGAUGACCCAGUCAUACACAUCUGAUGUGGACCAGGGGUGACUUUUUCCCUCUGUUUAUGACGUAGGAUAUAAUAAUGAUUUUUUUUUUCCAGGCUCUUAACACUGGGUGUAUUGUGCAUGAAACGAAAGAAGUAAUAAUUUUCCAGCCUGAAGCUUAAUGUUACAAAGUUAACCAGUCAAAAUUUUUUUAACAAAUUGGAGCUGCCAAAGGUCUUAUUCAGUUGAUAUGAUUAGAAAUAAAUUUGCAACAGAUGACAAAUCUUUGGCCUCCGAGAAGAAAAUGCUUAAAUCAUUCACAAUUCUCCUAAUGACCCUUUGAGGAGGGUUAUUACAUGUCAUCUCCCUUUUUUUUAUGGAGAAUAUUAUCCCAGAGAUUUAUGCAUUGCUGGCCCCUGCUAUGCAACCCAUUAGCUCUUUCUGCCAUGCUAGUAAUAAAUAUCUAGUAACACUUACAGUAAAUGAAAAGCUAUUGCUAAAAAGAGACAUAAUGAUGACAGCACUAUCCUAAUCUGAGUUAUCAUUAUUUGGUGGCUUUCAUCAGCACAUGUUCAUCUUUAACAUGGCAGUUUUGCAAUGACUACAUGUAGUCUGAGCUCUGUUGAUAUUUAGUGGUGCUUGCAGCCUGUAACUCCAAGUGCCUUUCAGGACUGCAGAUUUGAUCCUUUUGGAGUAUACAGCAUAUAAAUGAGACUGAAGGAAAGCCUUGCGUGGCUCCUUGUCAUGGGGCUGUGUGCUUGUCAUCACAUGCAAAGGCAAGUGCAAUGAACUGCUCGUCCCCAAAAGGAAAUGAGAUAUAGGCAAGAAUCAAAAAUAUUAAUCAGAAGACCUGAAUCAGCCCAAUAGACUUAGCUAAUAGACUCAGACAGCCACUGAGUUCCUUUUUACACUGAACUAUUGCCAGAACAAUAAUACAUGUUUUUGUGUGUGCUAUAGCUUCAUUAUUUCUGUAUACACUUUUUUGUGUAGCAGCAUGUUAAAUGGAGAGCAGUAUUUCUAACUUUUUUUAUUAUAUCUCAUUCAGUCUCAUUUCCAGUCAGACCUGCAAAAUAAAGUUGCAUGCAUUAAUGCCCCUGCCAGAAAGAUCUUCUACAGUUCCCAUAAAGCAGAUGUUAUUUUGAGAUGAAUGGUCAGAAAGGUUAAUUUAGUUUCUAUGACUCUGCUUCUGUGAACUUUAAAUCAUGGCACAUUUUUGUAACUGCGGUAAAGUUUGAGGAAGUUGAGUCAGCUUUAAGAAAUCCUUGCCUCAUCGUGUGAGCCAUAGUAACUGAUGGGGUGCAUGUGGUUGCUGCAGUGCUGAGUAAAGUGGAUCUACUCCCCCAAGCCUUCCCAAGCUCAAGUAAGCCCACCAGCAGCACAUGCCAACAAUACCUGUACCUUGUAUCCUUGAACAAACUGCAGUGAUAGGACAAGCAGUUACUGGUUCAGACUGAAAGAGGGGAAAUUGAGGUUAGAUAUAAGGAAAAAAUUCUUUACUGUGAAGGGUGGUGAAGCACCAGAACAGGUUGCCCAGAGAAGUAGGGGAUGCUUCUCUGACAGUGUUCAAGGUGGGGGCUCUGAGCAACCAUGGCAGGGGGAUUGGAAUUAGAUGAUCUUUAAGGUCCUUUCCAACCCAAACCAUUCUGUGUAGAACUCUCUUUAGGGAGAUGUAGUAAUCAGGGAUAAUGGUGUUAAAAUCACUUGAAAAAAGCAUAUAUGCACUGCAUCAUGCUCACCUUGCACUAGCAAGCCACUCUGCUGUGAUUGUAAUAAAUGUCCUGAUUGUUCUUUCAUUUGUCUGUAGUCAGUGGAGGCUGCUGAGAUGACUCAAUUGUCUGUAGAAGACCUGCUUUUUGUUCCCCUUAGAUGAACUAGCUGCUCUAUUUGAAAAGCAUUAAGUAGUAAGUUCCUAUAAGCCAACACCCUGUUCUGAGCAAUAUUUAGGAUAGAAGCAAAUAAUUGUUGAAGUAAUGGAACUGAGAAAACCCUUUUUUUUAAAUGAUUUGGUACCCUGAGCUUAGAUUCUCUGAUGUUUAAUAAAGCAUGAACUUGGAUUAAGGUUUUUCCUGAAGUGAAGGAAUCCUAAAUGCUGCUUUUCAGUGUGGGAUUCUCUGAUGUCUCCUCCUGGAACUGGACAGCAUGUAUUAAGGAAUGAUGUUAAUGAGCAGUGAGGACAUGGGUAAGGUCUGACUGUCAUCUAUUUUCAUCAAAUUUACAGAAGUAUGAAGUCUUUGAGUUAUCUGACAUUGUGUGUCCUUUCUGUCAAAGGAUAGCUUCUGUCAGAUUUGGUUGAUGUAGUGUGAUGUGUGACAACAAGCUAUGACUAGACAGAAAUCCACACAGGUAUUGUGUCUAUACUGUAUGGAUGGGUGAGCUUUCUUUCCUUAGAAAUAUGCACUACUGAGAAAAAAACAAUUGGACUUUAGGUGAUAGUAUAACAGCAGGUUUUAUGUGGUUCAUUUGGUAGCUAAAAAGCUAUUUCAGGUGUAUCUUUCAGGUACCUGAAAGCUCCUUGUGUUCCAAAGGCAGAAUAUUUAAGUAACUAAUAUAAUACUAGAGCCAUGGUUGAUUUUGCAUCACUUCUAUGAAACCAAGUGCUGUAAAAGUGAGACCUGAAAUUCCAGCAGCUGUAAGCAGCAGCAGUGAACUGUAAAGGUCCUUUCCAGCCUUGGUCUCCUAGGAGAAAGCUGGUAUAUGAAAUGGAAAACAGUCAUUUAUAUGUUCACCUGUUAUAAUUUUUUUUGCUUGAUCUGUUGAACAGUUCAUACAUCUGAAUAUACUGAGAGAUACAAAUUAUAAAUUAGGAAGUGCUUUAUGAAAGAGUUAGUUAAAAUAUAUAUAUAUGUGUGUAUUUGGAGAGGAUAUCCGUGUUGAACAUCAGUGUGUGAAGGAAAAACGGUAAGAUUAUGUUUAAAUUUCUAAGAAAAAAAAAAUCCUGAGUUUCACAGAUCAGAGAUGACAUAUAAUUAAAUAAGCUGUUCAUCUAAAAAGUGAAAUUUUGGAAAUGGAUGCCUGCAGGUUCCAAAAUUAGACUGAUGUUCCAGAGAGGCAGGAAGGUGGCAUCUGAUUGUGUCUGGUAUUAGUAAUACAUGCAAGACUCUGUAGGAAACAGAAUUUUAUAUUGCAAAGAUAUUGCUGAGAUACAAUUAGUGAAAAUAGAUAAGUAUUUCUUAAAGGAGUUUUACCUUACCAUAAUAUAGCUGUGAUGAAUUUUUCACUGGUUAUGAUUGCUAUUAGGAAAGAUUGUGAGCCAUCUCAAACAUUUGGGAGCAAACAUUUGCUAGUUACACAUACUGCAAAAACAUCUGACCCUUGGGUGCAGUAAGCUCAGGAUAUGAGUAUGUUUGUGCUCUGUGUUUGUAAUGUGAAUUCAUUUAUUAGAGCACAGGCAGAUGGUGAGCCUGCACUGUGGGGAGGCACACAGAGCCAUUGCUUGCAAAGAUAGAAGCUAUUAGCCAGGUAAGAUGUUCCAUUAGGGAACCUUUUUCAUUCCCACUUCCUAGGCUGAUGUGCACUGUUCAUUGUGUUUGCAGCAGGGUGCUGUGAAAUCAGGGAAGACAAGGGCACAAGAAAAAGACUACGUGAUUCUUCCAAAUUAACAGUGAUUUUGUGUAUUUCUACUUAAAUGAAUCUGUUUGUGACCAUUUACCCUCUUUCCCUGCAAAUUUUAGGUUUCAUCCUUGAAAAAUUAGAUUGCUUUUGAAAGUCUUUGCCAAAGACAUAGGCUUAACUUACAUGCUUGAAAAAUAUAUGAUGUGAAAUAUUUAGAAAGGCAGCUGUGUGACUGAAAAUACAAAUCCAGCUCUGUUUUCCUCUUUGACUUGAAAGAAGCUUUAUACUUCAUUGUCACUUUGGUGCUUUUUCACAGUUACAACUUUGAGGUGUUGUGCUGUCUUAAGUUAGAUGGCAUCAAUCAGCUGCAGCUCUGGUUUCUCAUGCCUGUAGCAUCCAGAGAAGUUAGAAUGGAAAUAAAUGAGGGUAGCUACAGGGAAAAGUCAGAAAGUAGGCAAAUGACAGGUAGACAAGCCUGCUUAUUGUCUAGGCUCCACUCGGUAUUUUUCCACAGCCCAUUUCUCUGGACCCUUGGAUUGCUGUUGUAAACUUGGUACAGCAGAGAAGCUGCUGUUCAAAGGGAUAAUGAUAUCUUCAUACAUAUGGGAUUGUAGUGUGUCUGAAACUUAUGGAUAUUCAUGUGCUUAUUUUGGAUUUUUUUCCCCCAACUUUGUCUUCAAAGUUCUGUUUGAAAUAGGACACCUAAUUGGAAUUUUUUAUCAUCUAAUAAAAGCCUUUUUCAUUAAAA